CGGCUGAUAACCUAAGACACUAGACACCAUAUCGAUCUCUCUCUACCGAUUUCUCCAAAUCAAUCUCUGCAAAUCGGUCUAACCAAAAGCAUUCGGAUCCAAUUGGAAGAUUAUAGGUGGUCUUUUGUUGUGGGUUCGGACAGAAGCCAUAGUGGAAGCAGCAGAAUAAGGUCUUUCUGGUUCUGCAGCUAGUUUGUGUGGAUUUCUAUGAGGGGGAUGGUUUGCUGAUCACCAAAAAACUUGACAAGAAAAUCUCCGAUGAUUUUACUGCGUAGUUUCCUGAUAAAACAUGAUUGAAUAAGACACAUCUGGUAUCAAAAAGAUCCCUCGGAGUCGUGCCUCUCGUUGUCUUGCCGUCGUAUCUCUCACUGCCAUAAGAUGAGCUUCUCUGGGGCAUGACAUGAACCUACCGAGAAAGCAGACCGAAAACAUUAUGUCUGGUCUGGAGGCAGUCAGAUACAUCAAACAACCAAUUAGUUGUUUGUACAAUGAAGAGUCGACCAUUUCUCCUCUUCCUCCUUUGAGAGCCUGGUGCCAGAACAGAACCACUGGGAUAAGUGACAAGGGAGCAAAAACGAAAUGGCUGCACGGGAAGUUGGACGUGUUGGGCUUCCGUUUAUGAACAUUGUAAGAAUGAAGGGUGUGCCCAUCCUGCAGCAGUUGGAGAUGGAGGAACGUCUUCUUCGUACCUCAUUAGAUAAUUGGUGCAUCAUUAACGAUGGGACCGAUAGCCCCACUAUCGUCAUGGGGAUUUCUGGGAAACCUGCCGAACUUGUUGAAAUUAGUCCUGUACUAGAAGAUAAAAUUCCUGUCAUACGAAGGUUUACUGGUGGUGGAACUGUAAUAGUUGAUCAUGGGACAAUAUUUGUUUCAUUUAUAUGCAAUAAGGAUGCUGUUGCUGAUGUUCAACCUUAUCCUCGACCUAUCAUGUCUUGGAGCAGCCUAUUAUACCAUAAAGUGUUUCAAGGGAUUGCCGAUUUCAGGCUUCGUGAGAAUGAUUACGUAUUUGGGCACCGCAAGUUUGGUGGAAAUGCGCAGUCAAUUACUAAAAAUCGGUGGAUUCAUCAUACAUCUUUUUUGUGGGAUUACGAGACUCGUAACAUGUCCUAUCUCAAGCUUCCUAAGCGGGCUCCCGAAUAUCGACUGGCAAGGGAUCAUCUUGAUUUCAUCUGUCCCAUGAAGGACCAUCUUUCAAGGUCGGAUUUCAUCAGCAAAACCAUCGAUGCAGCGGGAAGCCAUUUCUCCGUUUCAUCAACAACGAUCGAACCUCCGUCAAAUUCGAAGUUUACUCCCACCUCCAGAUUACUAACUAAACAGGAAUUAGAGAGUGCAGCUAUCAAAUUAUACCAAUAAGAGCGUCUACGUUAACAUCGAUAAAUGAUCGCAUGCAGGUACGAUUGAUUGAUAGAUCGUAUACAUCAUUCAUUAUCUAAUCAACGGAACUCGAAUAAUGGAUCGUAGUUUGAAUAAAACCCGCUCGAUAUCCGAUUUGGGGAAGAAAUUACCCUUGUUUGUGGAUGCUCUCAUCCAUGUCAACGUUAAAGGAAUUCAACAAGGUUCGGGAUUUUGUACUAAUCGAAGGAAUCGUUUUACGUGAGGAUUCUCAACAAGUUUCUUGUAAUAAGACGAUAUAUUUCUCGAGUAUUAUUUAAGUCGAUAACUUUAUCGAACAAUUUAUUGUUCAUCAAUACAUACGACACACAGUUGUUGGUGUUAAUUAUA